AUGAGCGAACCAAAUAAUAUGAACAACGAUUAUGUCAGUCAAUCAUCUUACCUGGGGGACUUUAACGCUAAUCCUCCAAUUCAAAUGCAAACCCAAUCUCAUACCCAAGAUUUCUUACCUUCUGCCUCCUUUCCUCCCUGUAACGUUGGUAUGACAUCUAUAAAUACUAUGGACUAUAAAAGCACUGGAUGUCAAAGCAAUCCCUCGGUUUCUUGUAUCCAUCCGGGUAACCUUGACACAAUGAAUGGGCAUUUGAAUCCACCGAGUUACAAUCAAGUCGAGACCCACACUUAUCAGCUCCCAGUAUCAGUUCAAACAUUCUGUGGCUCCUCCGUCCAUCGUUCCGAUAUGACGAACAACGGUCCAACAGACAAUCAUUUUCAACAUUUCCGUACGAUCAACAAUCGAUCUAUUUCAUAUAUGCUUACGCCAAUACCCACGCAAGCACCACUUUCAUUUAACGGCUCUAACGUAAUAAACGAGCCCACAAGCCCUAGAUAUUUUCUUGUUACGAAAGUAGAGGAAACUCAAUCAGUAAUAUUAGCUGCUGACAUUGGCGAAAUGUUAGCUAAACUCGAAUGUGAGAAAGAAAAGUUAGGAUAA